AUGGCUGCACUGAAAGAGAAGCGGACCUGUGCUCAGCGAUGUGAAGAUUUUGGGUAUUUUGUGUGGAACCCGGACACCAAGCAGUUACUGGGAAGAGCACUUGACAAAUGGGUGUACAUCAGCCUCUACUAUGUGGCUUUUUACAUUGUGAUGUCAGGAUUGUUUUCACUUGCCUUGUAUGUACUGCUGUCGACACUCAAUCCUUACACGCCGAUGUAUCGUGACCGGUUACAAUCACCAGGAGUGGUGAUACGACCAAAUACAUAUGGAGAUGAAGGCUUGCUGAUUGUGUAUGAGGUUAAUAAUCCUAACACUUACAACCCCUUAAUACACACCCUUCAAAAUUACCUCACACCAUAUAAUAGGACACAGCAACACACCCACGAGCAAUGCAAUGGCAGCAAGUACUUUACUCAGAAUGAACCUAAAGAUCCAGACCAGAAAUUGUUAUCCUGUCCUUUCUAUAGAAGUAGUCUAGGAAAGUGCUCUGGGAUGGAUAAUUCAACAUUCGGCUAUCCAGAUGGUCAGCCAUGCAUCAUUAUCAAAAUGAAUAGGAUUAUAAAAUUUUUUCCAAGUAGUACAGGAUCACCCCCACCUUACGUCAACUGCUCUAUGUUGAGAGGAGAUCCUAAAAAUCUGCAUAAUAUUGAAUACUUUCCUCCAAAUGGCACUUUUGAUUUGCAUUACUUCCCUUACUAUGGAAAAAUAGCCCAGCCCUCAUACAUGAACCCACUCGUGGCGGUGAAAUUCAACAGCCUUGAGAAAAAUAAAUUGCUCAAGAUUGAGUGCAGAGUGGUAGCAGAUAAAAUCAGUGCUGACAACAUUCAUGACCCGUAUGAGGGGAAGGUAGAAUUCGAGAUCGAGAUUAAAAAUGGUACUGCUGUGAACAAGUGA